AUGAUGGAGUACGAGAAUAAGCUGCGGCUGCACUCUAACCCAGAUAAAGUUUUCCGAUACUUUGCCACGGUGCAAGCAGUAACAGACGAUGACCGGGCGAACGAGGUCUACAUGACGCCCAACGAUCUGAUCAGGUCGCUCACUCCCGGCGGAGAUCUCCAGCCAAGCAACUUGCAGCUCGAUCAGUACAAGAAGAUCAAGACAGAAAGAAAAGCGCUGAAAAUGUCGAAAAAGGAUCUUUCGAAGCUGGAGCCGACCUUUCAGAAUCUCGGCGGCUACAUCAACUUCGAAGACUACAUGUUCAUUUUGAUGCUGUUGACGACGCCUCGGCGCAACUUCGAGAUCGCCUUCCGGAUGUUCGACCUCGACGGAAACGGCGUAGUCGACUCUGCCGAGUUCGAAAAAGUCACAGAGACGAUCAUGAAAGGAAAGGUUUUUAACCCCGGGAAAGGAAACACUGUCGUCAAACGUCACCGAAAGAAACGCCAGUCAAAUAUUUCUGCGUUUUUCUUUGGCGAAGACAAAUCCCGUUCGCUCUCUUCGCAGGACUUCACCAAGUUCCAAGAGGAGCUCCAGAAAGAUAUUUUGAAGAUGGAGUACGACUUGCUCGAAAAGGGCGAAAACGAAAUCGCCAAAAUGAAAGACUUUGGAAUGAUGUUGAUCGAGCACGCGCGCAUGGACCCGGACAAGACCAAAAAGAUCCGCAAACGACUGAAUAAGUUUUAUAAAAAGAAAAAGGUGAAAACUGUCAAUGAAGAAACUGGGGAAGAAGAAAUCCACUUCGAGCAGAGAAUUGACCCGGGUAUUCACUUCGACGAAGUUCUGAAUUUCUUCAAUUUCAUAAAAUCGAUCCAUGAAAUCGAGAUCGCGUUUACUUUCUUCGCCAUGGCCGGCAAAGAAGUCAACGAAGAAAUGAUGACGUCGAUUGCGAAAACAGUUUGUGGUGUCGAUCUCAAGCCAGAGCUGGUGGAAAUGAUCUUCCUCAUUUUCGAUGAAGACGGGAACGGAACCCUUUCGCACAAGGAAUUCAUCGACGUCAUGAAGAAGCGGCUGAUUCGUGGGCUGGACUCAAAGCGAGAGCUCGGUGUCUGGAACAAGUUCUCGGCACUGAGCGUCUGUGGCUACGAGGCGUUCGCCCCUGAGUCCGUCAAAGUCUUCGCCGAAACUGUCAAGUCCGGAAUGAGCCAAGAAGGAAGCACGAGUUCUUUCGGCGAUUAA